GAGCGGAGGGGAUGAGCUCAUGGUGGUGUGGCUGAGUUGGUCCGGAGGGACAAGCGAGAGGAGAUGGCUUAUAAAUAAAACAAGAGAUCAAAAGGAAGUCAUGAAGGGUCUUGCUUGGUAUCCAAUUCAAAGAUUGAGUGAAGAUUUGGAGGCGAAAUCUGAUGGAUCGUUCAGAAUCUGGUUUCAUUGCUGGAUGUUGACAAAGAAAACAAGGUGAGGUGGAGAAGGAGAACCUUCAUCGACUCUUCCUCUCGUCUCCUCUGUCAUUUGAGUCAUCUCCUCACCAUCACUUGAUAAAAGAAGGCAGUGCUGGUGGUGCUGCUGCUGCUGAAAGAAAGAAAGAAAAGAAAAAAAAAAAAAGUAUGGGUGUUGAUAGAGAGGCAGAGUUUCAUGUGUUGGCUGUCGAUGACAGUCUCAUUGACAGGAAGCUCAUUGAGAGGCUCCUCAGGACCUCAUCUUACCAAGUUACCACAGUGGAUUCCGGGAGCAAAGCUCUUGAAUUGUUGGGAUUGGGAGAGGAACCAGGUCUCUCAUCGCCUGCCUCACCAGAUAAGAAUGAGAUCGAGGUGAACUUGAUCAUAACAGACUACUGCAUGCCUGGAAUGACAGGGUAUGAUCUUCUCAAGAGAAUCAAGGGUUCUUCAUCUUUGAAGGGCAUUCCAGUGGUGAUCAUGUCCUCCGAGAACGUGCCUUCCAGGAUCAACAGAUGCUUGGAAGGAGGAGCAGAAGAGUUCUUUCUCAAGCCCAUACAGCUCUCGGACAUGACAAGGCUCAGACCUUAUAUGCAAAAAGGAAAAGUAAAAGAGCAGCAACAAUCACAACAACAACAACAACAAUUGCAGGAAAAAAACAUUACCAGUGGCAGCAGCAAUAGCAAUAGUAAUAAAAGAAAAGCCAUGGAGGAUGGUGGAAUUUUUCCUGAGAAAACAAGGCCAAGAUUGUCCAGUAGUAGCUUGGCAUCUGUAUGAGACGAAGAGAGACAGCUGCUGAUAAUCAGACAGAGAGGUUGCUUUCAGAUUUUGUUGUGCCCAGAGCUGCCCAGCAUUAAACAAAGAUGUAAACGAUAGAGGUUUCAGUCUGGACUCUGGACAGACUGAAUUGCUGAUGUUCGAGUUUUCCUUACAAAAUUAUGAGUAUUUAUUUGCUUGUUGCAAUUCUCAUUCAAGAUACUGAUAAUGUGGAAAAAGGGAAAUGAAAUCGCCGAAUUUUAUUUAUCA